GACUAGUUGACGAACCAUGUCUCCUUCCUCCCAUCACAAACCCAGCUUGAAACCGCACGCUGGAGACGGCCCAAUCCAUAUCGACGUUGUAAACCCGAACCCUAACACCCACAUCCGCAUCCGAGUAUUCAGAGAAAGCGACACCGCCCGCGUUCACGAACUAUUCAAGACGGGUAUAGGCUAUGGACCCAAGAGUUCGCGCCACGCCGCACUUAGGGGGUCAUUGACAGGCCUAUUCAGCAUAUCGACCUACAUCUUCUUCCUCAUCGGAGCUGCAUUGCUCGUCUUUCCGCACGAGUCCCCCUUGUGCCCACCGCGGGCGACGCGAUACCUCGGCCUCGCACUCUGCCUACUCUCCGCAACUCUCUUCUUCUACCACCGCAAUCUUAUCAACAGGUGGUUCCUCAAACACGCCAAUAGCGUCGAGAGAUCCACAGAUUUCAGAGAUAUCCGCACCUUUUACAACAUAGGUGAAGACGGGAAACUGGGAGCAGACGGGUUUUGGGUCGCCGAGCUUAUCGCGGACGGGGAGGAGGAAGGACAGGUCGUCGGAUGCGUUGGACUAGCUAAAUUCAAAUCCACCAACCCCUUCCCACCAACCACAUCCGAACUCCGUCGAAUGGCGGUAGACGCCUCCCUCCAACGACGCGGCAUCGGCAAGAAACUCCUCACCACCGUCCUCGCGCACGCACGCAACCAGGAGAUCAUGUCCAUCCGCUUGUCAACAACUGCCCACCAGAAAUCCGCCGUCGGCAUUUACGAGCGGUUCGGAUGGAAGAUGUUGGGCGUGUCCAGGAUGAUCACCGUCGACAAAGUGGGGCCACGGUGGGUGGACCUGCGGGUAGUGGAUUUCGAAUUGGAUUUGGUGGGUGGAAAUGGGGAGAAGAUGGCGUAG